GAGACUAAACAAUACGACGUAUAUCAUUCCCAACCCGCCAUUUUAAACAUUCAAGACUGACUGUCGCUGUUGUAAUACCUGGAAUUUACGCCAAACUGUUGUUCAAACUGUUGUUGAAAGGUGGUGUGUGUUUACCCGCAAAGAACCAACUAUAGAACUACAAAACACACCUUGAAACUGCUCGGUUCUUUUCCACAAGUGAGACUCAUUGACAAAGCUUGACGCCCGAAAAGGAAACAGUCAAAACUAGUGUUGACACAAACAUCAAACCGUCAACUUUUUUUCUUCUCACCUAAAUGGAACAUGUAGAUCAAAGGGUAUCAAGAAAGUGAUUUCUAAACCUGUUUGGAAAUUACUGAGUGCAAAGCUGCAGACGUCGAUGCCAAGAGGUGGUCUUCAGUUGUACCUCAGGCCAGACAUUAGCCCAACGGUUUAACAAAAGACCAAGAAAAACUGAACUGGACCCUGGAAAGAAGAGUAACCAUUCUUGGUCAAACUGUAAGAGACUUCCUAUACAUCAAUUAGAUUAGAAAAAAAGAAAGAACGAAGAUGAAUAACACCACCAACACAACUGGAAGCCCAGAAGAACAAACUAUGGACCAAGCACAAAAGAUGUUCAAGAUUGUAUUCUACAUUGUACUAUUUAUAGUUGGCACAGUUGGUAACAUUCUAGUGGUGAUUAUUAUUAGAAACAAGCGACGAAGAACUGUAAAUGACUGCUUUAUUCUUAAUUUGGCCAUAUCAGACCUAACUUUCCUCUGGUUUGCAUUACCCUUUUAUUUCUACGAACUAUUUGAAAGAUUCGUCAAAUAUCAUUUUUACUGCAAGUUCGUGUGGCCCAUGAUGUCCGUGUCCUUAUUCGUUGGCAUCUUUACGCUCACUUUUAUGUCGGUGGAGCGCUGCAGAGCGAUACUUUUUCCAUUCAGACCUCGUAUCAAGAAAACAACAYUAUUCUUAGCAAUAAUAUGUAUAUGGACCGCGUCUAUAUUGUGCAUUAUCCCAUUAAUGAUAGUUGUACUGCCUGAAGGGUUAAUGUGUUUAGAACACUGGCCCAGCGAGUCACACCGAAAAGCUUACACUGCAGCUCUGUUUAUUCUACAGUUUGCGGUUCCUAUCUCAGUCAUUGCUGUAGCUUAUAUUACUAUUAUUGUCAAGCUAAUCAAAACGAAGGUGCCAAACAGGACAUCAGUCAACCAAAGAGGACAACUCGUCAAGCAGAAGAAAAGAACUGAAAACAUCCAUGUCAUUCGAACAGUGGCAAUCAUUGUGGUGUUGUUCGUUGCUUGUAUGCUCCCUAACCAGAUUGCUUGGAUACUCAUGGACUUUGGCGGCGAACAGCACAAAAAUCUGUCUGAGAAGUUUUGGUUAUUUGCUGAAGCAUUAAUGUUUCUACAUAGCUGUGUAAACCCCAUCAUAUAUGGCACUCUAACGAGACAGUUUCGUGAGGGAUACAUUAAAUACAUCAACUUUGUUUGCUGUUGUGGAAGAUCAGCUCAAAAGUCGAUCGAUUUGUCAGAACACAGACAUUAUCAGGAUCGACAAUCAAAUACUUCUCGUCCUCAGGAGAGAUUGACGUACAAAGGCUCCCUGAGGUCACCAAGUAUCAUCAAGAGUACUGCAAGUACACAGGCAGCUACAGGAAUGUCUUUCUUGACGUUCCGAAGCAGUUCACCUAAGACUUCUCCAUCUCCAAGCCUCAUCCAACUCAGCCCUGUCUUAAACAAUAACAAACACAGCUUACAAACGAACACAGUUGAGUUACAUGGCAAUAGUUUUCCCACUUCCGUACCCGUGCAAUAUCACGUCAGCCCUGGAGUAGCAUCCUAUAAAGAUGGCACAACCCUGAUCAACCAAGGUGUACUCAUUACCACAGAUAACUUACAGCAUUUCACUGACUGCGCUACUAAACUAAACGCUGUUUAUGAAACAGAAGAUGGUUUUAACUUCGAGUCCAAUUGCAGGAAUGGAAUGUUUGGAACUCAAACGAACCAGGAGCAAUUCAAACCAGUGCAAGAAGACAAUGACAAGACAAAUAAGGCAAUAGAACAGCACCUUCUGCGUGGCAAAACUAAUUGUCUGACAUUACAAAACGGGUUCGUUGUACCCGAUAAUCAUAUUAACUACAAUGAAUGCAAUCAUACAGAUUACAGCGCGGGAAGAUGCUUGGUAGCUGGGCCUUCAGUGAACUAUGGUGUAAUGAAUGACGAGGAAUGCAGUUUACAAGACACGCACUUGUAACGGAUUUUAAACCGUGUAUAAAUAAAUACUCAGUCCUGUGGCAUACCAUGUUAAUCAUGAACAAUGGAGCCUUGUAUACUUAGGCCUGAAGCAACAGAAUGUUCAAAAUAAACUGUCGAAGAUGGUGGUUGUUGGAGAUGAUGAGCAACGUUUACCGAAGAACACAGACUUCUUUAAGGUUACAUCAUCAGACAGCCAGUCAGCAAGCAAAAAAAGGAAACCUUUUCCAACAAUAUAUAAUUUGUUUAUUCGUGAAGUUAAAAGAAUAAGGCUUAUUUAGGGGGAAAUAUAACUACUCGGGAAGGAAACUGCAAUUCCUUGUAAAUAUCUCUGAAUAUAAUAUUUAUAAAUAUCUUAUUAAAACUAAUGAGGAUU